CUUUCGUCAACCACACGUUUUCUCACAACAACUCUCAACCAAUUUGCAAUUCAUUAACUUCUCAUCAAAUCAACAAUUUGAUUCCAGUUGCAUAAAGAAGGUGUUCAAGAUUAUAAACUACAAAGAUCUUGUAACAAGAAGAAAGUUAUGGCAUUUAUCGAGACUAGAGAUCUUAACCUCGAUGCUACCGAGCUUCGGUUAGGCCUCCCGGGCACCACCGAAGAAUCCGAGAAGCAAACACCUCCUCCUAUUGCUAGAAGCAAUAAAAGGGCAUUGCCCGAUAUGAAUGAUGACCAGCCUGGACCUUGCAACGACAAUUCUCAUAUAUCAGAUGCCAAAAAAUCUGCUCCCCCCACCAAGGCACAAGUAGUAGGGUGGCCACCAGUUAGAUCUUACAGGAAAAACUGCUUCCAAGGGAAGAAAGUGGAGUCGGAAACUGCAGGAAUUUUUGUGAAAGUGAGCAUGGAUGGAGCUCCUUAUCUCAGAAAGAUUGAUUUAAACAUCUAUAAGGGCUACUCUGAGCUGCUUAAGGCCUUGGAAGAGAUGUUCAAGUUCAAAGUCGGAAAGUAUUCCGAGAGGGAAGGCUACAAUGGCUCCGAACACGUACCGACUUACGAAGACAAAGACGGCGACUGGAUGUUGGUCGGAGAUGUGCCAUGGGAGAUGUUCAUCACUUCCUGCAAGAGGCUGAGGAUCAUGAAAGGAUCAGAAGCAAGAGGGUUGGGUUGUGCUGUGUAGUUCAAAAUCAAAUCCCAUUAUCCACAGGCACUAACAUGUGAUAAACAAGUUGAGAAUUACAGAAGAAAAUCCAUUGUCUUUUCAGCUGAGUCUUUUUUUUUUUUUUUUUUUUUUUGGAUUUCCUUCUUUGUUUGCAGACGAAGCACAAUUUUUUUUUUCUUUUUAAGGGGAAAAAAAGAACUCCCCGUACAGAUUGGCUUGUUUUCUUGUAGUGGAAAUUGUACAAAGAAAAACAUGUUAUAUGUACUUUCACAAGUUUUUUUUUUU